CAUGUGACAUUUGCCGUUCUGACAUUCUCGCCUAACCUAACACCUCCUCAGCAGGAUGGCUGGGAGGCUUUUGUGUAAUACUAAUUUGCUGGCGAAAGCCCUGCAGAAUUUACGAAUAGGCUCCCACAUCACUCAAAAUGCCGUUAAUUCCAGCAGAUUGUUACUGGAGAAUCAACUUCCUUGCAUAAGCGCAACCCGUCACACGAGUUUCUUCAACAAACUUCCUGCCACUGAUUUAUGGAAAGGUGUCACGUCCGUCAGUAAUGCAGGCAAGAAGCGGGGUCGUGGAAAAGGAGUUGGCAAGAAAAUGUCCAAGGACUUGAACCGUGGGCAAGUCAUUGGUGUCGGCAAGUCAAACAUCCUCUGGCCAGGCCUGAAUGCGCCGAUCAUCCGCGGUCGAGAACUUGUUCACCAGCAGAAACUGCCUGAGGACAGCGAGCGCCAACAGAAACUGAUAAAACUACGUGAUUCCAUGGGAAAUUUCCGCGUCCUGAAGAUAAAUCCAAUAGAUCGUGGCUGGUCUGGGAGCAAAAUGCCCGGAAGGAGUAUCGGUGCCCCGGACCCAGUUGGAGAUGAAGUUUUCGAAGGAUUCGAUACGAGAGUCCUUGAACUCAAGACCGUAUUCAUCAUGAAAGGCAACCUAGGCCGGCGACGGAGAUUCUCUUGUUUAUCUGUAACAGGAAACGGGAAGGGUUUGGCGGGUUUUGCGUUGGUGAAAAGUCCAGAGGUCCGUGGCGCGCUUCGCAAGUCGAAGAACCGUGCUGGCCAGAAACUCAUGCAUAUCGAACUCUGCGACGGCCACACAAUCUUCCAUGACUUCUAUACGCAGUUCGGCAAAACCAAAAUCUUCGUCAGCAAAAAGCCCAAAGGACACGGCCUGGUCUGUCAUCGCGCCAUAAUGACCAUUUGCAAAGUUGUCGGUAUCAAGGACUUGCACGCGAAGAUUGAAGGCUCGACGAACCUCCAGCACAUCGUCAAGGCAUUUUUCCUAGGACUGUUACAGCAGAAAACUCACAAGCAACUGGCGGAAGAAAAGAGUCUACAUGUCGUCGAGUUCCGGAAAGAGAAUGACAACUUCCCGACUAUUGUGGCGAGCCCCACGCAGUGCCGCAAGCAGGAUGAGAUCAGGAGCGAUGAAGUGAUGGAUUUUACGCAAUAUGUCCUGGGGAACCGGAUAGUUUUGAAGAGAAAGAAGUUCCCGCCAUUCUACACCAAACAUCGGUCGUACGAGAUUUAUUUGAAGAAACAGGAGAGGAUCCGAAACAACGACAAAGUGCGGCUGGACAUGAUGGUAAACUAUGGCGAGGUAAGGAGUUUCCUGACGGAUAAAUAUCCUGAAUGCUCGGAAACUAAGAACAAACCAGCGGAAGCGCAGGAGUAGUUUGUGUAGGAUGUUGUCUAGGUUAAUAAAUUUAAUUUGAAAUA